AACCUGAAAAUAUUUCUCAAUCAAGCAUCAAAAGUUGGUAUUUUUGACUUCUCCGGCCCUCUCUAUAUAUCUUCCAUCCCCACCCUGCGUUUUGUUAUCUUCUGGAGCAGAGCCAGCUUUGCAUCAACAACUAAUCUAUCCCCUUCUCUGCGUCGAGUUUUCAGGUCAAUGGCAGAAUUCAACGACGCUCCCCUUUUCAGUUGCAGAAACUGCAGAAAUCCAAUUGCGCUGCGCCAUGACCUUCUUUCUAAAUCUUUUAUAGCGAAAUCCGGGCAAGCUUACAUGUUUGCUCACGCGAUGAAUGUCGUUUUGGGGCAGACGGAGGACAAGAAACUUAUGACUGGUCUUUUCUCAGUUGGCAACAUCUACUGCAGCAAAUGCGGGCAGGAAUUGGGUUGGAAAUACAUUCGAGCUUAUGAUGCCAAACAAAGCUUCAAGGAAGGGAGGUUUAUAAUUGAGAAAGCUAGGAUUCUCAAGGAAUAUAGUACCUAAGAAGACUAAGACUACUACCGUUACUGUUUUUAUAGUUCUUGUCGAAGCGAUGAUCGGGAAAACUCUGCAUUUGAUGCUAAAUAAUUUCCCUCAGCGUGCUUGGUGUUUGCCUUAAUGAAUCAGUACGACAUUUGAUAACAAAUGUAAUGUGCAUUAUGAUAAUAAAAAGUUAACAAGUUUGCCUUAA